GAACUGCGGUUCCGGGCAACGCGCAGUCUGUCCCUUCAGUGAGCGGCUUCAGCGGCAACAGCGAAGGUUCUCGGAUUAAAGAGGGUCUGGUUAGCGCGGGAUCAGGGUCCGGCUCUUGUUGGGAAAGUUUGGAGCAAGUUCUCCGCAGGCAGAGCGGACGGCUGCCAGACCUUUCACCCCGGGGGUAUGGAGCGGAGGAGCGGGGCAGCGCCAGGCGCCAGGCCUGCGGACAGGAGACGUUAGCGGGCUCGGCUAGCUCUACGCGAGGCUGUCUAGCAUUGUUUGGGUCGCUCUGCUAACUGGCUUCGUGCUAUUUUUGUUAGCAUAACAGAGAGCCAGACAAGACUGCUAGUUUGCUUGGAUGCGGAUAUCUUCAAAGAACAUCCCGUGGACCUUAACAGUUGCACAUUUCCAGAAGUUUCUCCAACUUUUACGUUCAGUUUGAGCUAACAAAGCACAGACCCCAAACUGACGGACUACGUUUUUGUCGCAGCCUGAAAAGUCGAGUUUUUUUUUAAGGGGCAGAAGUAUGUUUUCUGUGCUCAAUUAGUCUUCAUUUAUCGGGGAUUGCAUGUUGAUGAUCCAACAUCAGUCAGACGCAGUCCAGACCGCGCAGUCUCUCUGCCCCUCGGUGGGACUUCACUUCACAUCUCCGGCUCUCCGCACCCCAUCCCACCGACCACAGUCCCCUGACUCCGGCCAGCUCCAGGGGCUGGCCACACGGCACUGACUGCCCGAUGGAGGAUCAUGACAACAUGGACUAUUUCUACCAGCAGGUACUGCAGAAAGACGUUACCCGCAGGCUGCAGGUCGGUCAGGAGCUCGUGGACUACUUAAACGACCCGCAGCGCUCUUCGGACGUGGAGCAGGACAAACCCCGGCUGGACAAGACCAUAGACGAGCUGACGGGAUGGGUGAACUCCAGCAAUUUCAAGGUGGCGUUGUUGGGAAUGGACAUCUGCGGCGCUUUUGUGGAUCGCAUGGGAGAACGGUUCAAAGGAUACCUGGGCACAGUUCUACCCGCUCUGGUGGACAGGCUGGGUGAUGGGAAGGACCAGGUCAGGGAGAACAGCCAAGCUCUCAUCCUACGCUGCAUGGAGCAGACGGCCUCGCCCAUGUAUGUUUGGGAAAGGCUGCUUCCUGGUUUUAAACACAAGAACUUCCGCAGUCGAGAAGGAAUCUGCCUUUGUCUCAGUGCCACGCUCAGCACGUUUGGAUCCCAUCCCCUGAGCCUUAGUAAAAUAGUUCCUUAUCUGUGCUCUUUGACUGAAGACCAAAACCCACAGGUACGUGAAGCCUCCGUGACGACGCUUGUAGAUGUUUAUCGUCACGUUGGAGAGAGGGUGAGAGCAGACCUGGGAAAGAGAGGACUUCCAGCUGCGCGGUUACAGACCAUAUUUUCCCGUUUUGAUGAAGCUUUGAAUUCAGGCAACAUGGCUCUCAGUCCGAGUCACGAUCGCAGUUUUGAGGAUGACGACAGCGUGGACGGAAGCCGCUCGUCGUCCCAGGCCGCCUUCAAGGUGCCCAAAGUUCCCAAGAAACCUGCAGACUCCUCUGCUGCACGCAGACCCAGCGCGACUGGAGGCAAGCUCGUGUCCAAGGAUGGCGCCGGUGCAGUUGAUGAAGAGGAUUUCAUUAGAGCCUUCACAGAUGUCCCUACUGUCCAGAUCUACUCAACUAGAGAUCUCGAGGACAACCUGAAUAAGAUCCGUGAGGUUUGCUCCGAUGACAAACACGACUGGGACCAGAGAGCCAACGCCAUGAAGAAAAUCCGUUCCUUGCUGGUGGCAGGCGCAGCCAACUACGACUGUUUCUACCAGCACCUACGGCUACUAGAUGGAGCCUUUAAGCUGUCGGCUAAAGACCUGCGGUCACAGGUGGUCCGGGAGGCGUGCAUCACCGUGGCCCACCUCUCAUCAGUGUUGGGGAACAAGUUUGACCACGGAGCAGAGGCCAUCGUUCCCGUCCUCUUCAACCUCAUCCCCAACUGUGCCAAAGUCAUGGCCACAUCCGGCGUCUCGGCGAUCCGCAUCAUCAUCCGGCACACACACGUCCCCAGACUCAUCCCCCUGAUAACCAGCAACUGCACGUCCAAGUCUGUGGCUGUGAGGAGACGCUGUUAUGAUUUCUUAGACCUUCUGCUGCAGGAAUGGCAAACCCACUCUUUAGAAAGGCACACGGCGGUUCUGGUCGAAAGUAUCAAAAAGGGAAUUCGAGAUGCUGACUCAGAGGCCAGAGUCGAGGCCCGCAAGGCGUACUGGGGUCUGAGGAACCACUUCCCAGCAGAAGCCGACGCUCUUUACAACUCCUUAGAGUCGUCGUACCAGAGGACACUUCAGUCCUGCCUGAAGAGCUCUGGCAGCGUGGCCUCUCUUCCCCAGAGUGACCGCUCCUCAUCCUCUUCUCAAGAAAGCCUCAAUCGCCCGCUGACUUCGAAGUGGUCAGCAGCUCCAGGGCGAGUCCCCGCGGGCUCAAAGGGUGGGCUGUCCUCGGCAGCCCUGCAGCGUUCCCGUAGUGACGUGGAUGUAAACGCAGCGGCGCUUGCUAAGCACCGGCACGUCGGACAAGCCGGGGCAGCGGGGCGUCUGACCCCCGGCUCCUACUCGUCUCUGGAUGAUGCCUCUGAUAAAACGGAUGGCACCAGGUCAGAUAAUGGCCGCGUGCGCACCAAGCAGCCGCUGUCCACCGCCAGCAGCAUGUCCAGCCAGGUGGACUCACGGGGACGCAGCCGAACCAAGAUGGUCUCCCAGUCGCAACGUUCCGACGAAUCCGAUUGCACGCAAGGAUCUCAGUCUGCUACCCCUGUUGGUGCUGGCAGUCGGAGCGGCUCCCCAGGUCGUUUGCUGGCGAAUACGACCCUGAGCACCAUGAGCCCCGGCGCCCACCGGGUGCUGGCCACAGCCACCGGGGACGGACAGAGGCGCAGCCGCAUCCCCCGCAGCCAGGGCUGCUCCAGAGACUCCUCCCCCACCCGCCUGUCUGUCGCUCCUUCUAGCAUUAGUUCCAUCUACAACGGAGCGAGCAGAGGAGCUCGGGGCAGUCGUAUCCCUCGGCCCAGUAUGAGUCAGGGGUGCAGCAGAGAGGCCAGCAGGGAGAGCAGCCGGGACACCAGCCCCGUACGCUCCUUCACACCUCUGGCAACGCGGAGCUACUCUCGCUCCACCGGAGCUCUCCACACACCUGAUGCUUUUGGGGCUGCAGGAUCGGGUUUUGGCAUCAGUCCGUCUAGUCGACUCUCCUCGUCUGUCAGCGCCAUGAGGGUCCUCAACACCGGCUCAGAUGUAGAAGAGGCUCUUGCAGACGCGCUGCUGUUGGGAGACAUGAGAUCUAAGAAAAAACCUGCUCGGCGGCGAUACGAGAACUACAGCAUGUACUCUGACGACGAUGCCAACAGCGACGCGUCCAGCGCGUGCUCAGAGAGGUCCUACAGCUCCAGGAACGGGGGCGCCAUUCCCACCUACAUGAGGCAAACGGAAGAUGUCGCUGAGGUGCUGAACCGCUGCGCCAGUGCCAACUGGUCUGAGAGAAAGGAGGGGCUGCUGGGCCUGCAGGCGCUGCUCAAAAACCAGCGCACCCUCAGUCGGGUGGAGUUAAAGAGACUGUGUGAAAUCUUCACCCGGAUGUUCGCGGACCCUCACAGUAAGCGAGACUCCGGCAGGGUGUACGGCACGGCAGAAUCCGGUAUAAGCUCAGCCUCAUUCAAGAGAGUGUUCAGUAUGUUCCUGGAGACGCUGGUAGACUUCAUCCAGGUCCAUAAGGACGACCUGCAGGACUGGUUGUUUGUGCUGCUCACGCAGCUGCUGAAGAAGAUGGGAGCCGACCUGCUGGGCUCUGUGCAGGCCAAAGUUCAGAGAGCCCUGGACGUCACGAGAGAAUCUUUUCCAAAUGAACUCCAGUUUACUAUUCUCAUGAGGUUCACUGUGGAUCAGACUCAGACACCCAACCUCAAGGUGAAGGUGGCCAUUCUCAAGUACAUUGAGACGCUGACGCUACAGAUGGACGCCCCGGACUUCGUGAACUCCAGCGAAACUCGGCUGGCCGUCUCCCGUAUCAUCACCUGGACGACCGAACCCAAGAGCUCGGAUGUCAGAAAGGCGGCCCAGUCGGUGCUGAUCGCCCUCUUCCAGCUCAACACUCCGGAGUUCACCAUGCUGCUGGCAGCUCUGCCCAAAACCUUUCAGGACGGAGCCACCAAGCUGCUCCAAAACCAUCUGAAGAACACCGGCAACGCUGCACAGGCACCAAUGGGCAGCCCUUUGACCCGCCACACCCCCCGAUCUCCAGCCAGCUGGUCCAGUCCCGUCACUUCCCCGACUAACACCUCCCAGAACACCCCUUCACCAAGUGCUUUUGACUAUGACACCGAAAACAUGAACUCUGAGGACAUCUACAGCUCUCUGAAAGGCGUCACCGAGGCCAUCCAGAACUUCAGCGUCCGCAGCCAGGAGGACAUGAACGAUCCUGUCCAACGACGAGAAGGAGAGGAAGGAGGCAGCGGGACGGACGGACGGGGCUCGGACGUGACGGACGGUGGCCGCAUGGCUCUGGACAACAAGACGUCCCUUCUCAACACCCCCCUCCUUUCCUCCGGCACUCGGGGGGCCCGCGAGCAUUUCUCCGACUCCCCCUUCAAGCACGGCCGCAAGGACCCCAGCCUGGACGACUCCGAGCACCUCGCAGACGCAGACAGCAGCCUGGACCAGUCGGAGCUGGUGGCCGAGCUGCUCAAAGAGCUGUCCAAUCACAACGAGCGCACCGACGAGAGGAAGGCGGCGCUGUGCGAGCUGCUGAAGCUGAUUCGCGAAAACACCCUGCAGGUGUGGGACGAGCACUUCAAGACCAUCCUGCUGCUCCUGCUGGAGACGAUGGCAGACGGAGAGCACGUGAUCCGAACGCUGGCUCUGCGAGUGCUCCGGGAGAUUCUCAGCAAGCAGCCCUGGAGGUUCAAGAAUUACGCGGAGCUCACCAUCAUGAAGGCCCUGGAGGCUCACAAAGACCCUCACAAGGAGGUGGUCCGAGCAGCAGAGGAGACGGCGGCCAUGUUGGCCUUGUCCAUCAGCCCAGAGCAGUGUAUCAAAGUGUUGUGCCCCAUCAUCCAGUCAGCCGACUACCCCACCAACCUGGCCGCCAUCAAGAUGCAGACCAAAGUGGUGGAGAGGAUUCCCGGCGACAGCCUCAUCAGCAUGCUGCCCGAAAUAGUGCCAGGACUCAUACAGGGUUACGACAACUCUGAGAGCAGUGUGAGGAAAGCCUGCGUGUUCUGCCUGGUGGCCAUCCACGCAGUGAUAGGAGAGGACCUCAAACCACACCUCAGCCAGCUCUCCAGCAGCAAGCUGAAGCUCUUGAACCUGUACAUCAAGCGCGCUCAGUCCGGCUCCAGCUGCAGCGAACCCUCCGAGGGCCUAUAGGAGACAGAACACCGUCCCUCUGAGGAGGCAACCUCCGAACUGCACCUCUGCCCACCAAAACAUUGAAACAUGUACUCCUGGGUUCACCUCCACACAGACCCAAACACUGUCUGACCAGAGAAAACACACACACACACACACACACACACACACAGGUACACAGAUUGGUGACAGAUGGGCUUCGCGGUGCAGAGGAGAGGCAUGCCGUUGCUCUCCUCACCGUUACCAGGGCGUCUCCCCCCCCACCACCACCCCCCGAUCUCAGACUGAACUGAACCCCCGAUGCUUGGAACAGACAUUAACAGACACGCAGCCACAUACUCCACCCGGCCCAGUCGGUCACUUCCUGUCCGCUCAGCUUUACAUCCACAACACAACAGAUUCCCCCUGCUGCUCCUCCUCCUCCUGCCGCUCCUCCGAAAAACGUCUUGAUGUCGAGAACAAAUGGUGCGUCUGCAUGGUUCUCAUCUUUCUGCGAGGGUGAAGAUGGUCAAACAGUGCCGUGUUUGUUUCCCCGCCGGGGCCAGGUCGACAGGAAUGUAAAUUUACAUGGUGUCAUAGCUCUUUUAUUAAAUCAGGUUUUACUGCGGUGAUUCCCCUCCUCCUUCCCCAAUACCUGGAGGUUUCUCUCUCCCUCACACAUCAGCACACGAUCCUCUCAUUUAAAAAAAAAUAAAAAAUGGUACAACCUCCUCUCUAAUACGUGGUCUCGCCUGCUCUCUGCAAAUACAUAGACAGAUUAAAAAUUAUAGAGAGGCGUAGUGUUCUUUGCAUGAAAUUCAUUUUAAAACAAUUCGUUUUAUUGGGUUUUAAAUGACUCUAAUCAUUGUCCAAACUUUUCAACAAGUUGAAUUCAGGAAGUUUGGGCCGCUUUUCGACGUCGUGGAGGGAGACGGGAGCGUAAAGCUUACUCUAUAUGAAGUAUGAUGGGACGGGGACUAUUAUUACAUAAUGGAUAUGUAUCUGUAUAUGACAUUAAAAUGGAAUAUCCAAUAAUUCUUUUAGAUUUCCCCUGGGGGGUGCACACGCGCACCUGUGCCCAUCAUUAUUUUUUAAUUUUCCUCUCUCUGUUGCGCCUGCAGUAGUCUUUUCUCUUUUUUCCCCCCCUCUCUCACUCUUAGGAUUUUUUCUCGCUGCCGUGAAAUUUGUAGAAAUUGUAUUAUUUUACAGCUCUGGAAAAAAAGUCCCAUCUCACCUUUCUCUCCUGUCCAUGGUGUCUUUCUUUCCUUCCUCUCCCUCGUAACAUUCUAGUUUACACUGUUGUGUUUUUCUCUGUGCAUUUACAAAGCUGUGCUUACGAUGAAAUAAAGAACUUGUACAGAUCA